AUGCCCAUUUCCGAGCUGCGAUGCGAAUUGUUACAGUGCCAGAAGGAAGGUUGUACCGAGGGCUUUCCGACCUUGGCUGCCCUGAAGAAGCACACAGAGACGGGCCAUUCAAACAAAUUCUCAUGUCCGGAUGACGGUUGUACCAAAUUGUUCAAAACACAGGCCGAGGCGGACCAACAUUGGGAUUCGGACCACAACGGACAAGCAUUCGACUGUGGAAUUUGUGGACUUGUUCUGUCGACACUCCAGGCCAGACGAAGACACGAGCUGCAACAUACACACCCUUUCGUGUGUCCUCGACCAGGAUGCUUUCGACGGUUCGAGACUUUUGGAGAGUCCCUUCAACACGGUCUAGCAGAAGAAGACCAUGACUAUCUUCUAACACCGUUAUUCAGAUGCCAGAUACCGAAAUGUCGAGUCGCUAUGACAGCGAGACCCAUGGCCAAACACGAACUGAAUAAACACUGGCGCGCUCACAUCGCCAAUGGUCAGGUCGAACCCGAAACUGAUCUUAUACCUAUUCCAGCGGAGCCUUGGAAGUUCCGCACUCUACCUCUUUUUGAGAAAAUCCUCGAGCAUAACGCCAGUCUGGCUGCUGGUGAUGUGAGCUCCGUACAAAACAUGGAAGAAUCAGAGCAUGUGGGCGAGGAUGGAAAGGACGGACACACAGAUGAAGAUCCCUCUCUUCAAUUCGAAGACACAGACGCCGAUAACAUAAUUGAGGACAGGGGGGAUCUGUUUUCAGAACGCCAUCGUGGAAUACUUUUGGAACAGAACGAAGCAUACUGGGAAGGCCGCAAACACCUGAAGUCGCGUCUGAUUAUGGAACACUGGGAGGGCAGAGAUAUGGAUUUCAAUUUUGCCACACUCAGAAAGGUCUUUAUGGCUACGGCGGAGACACAAUGGACUGUCGGACAUAAUUACGACAGGAUCAUACAGAGAACCAGAGAGAUUGAAGAUCACAAACGCCAAGGAACGAGUCUCAUUGUUCUUGACACAGAAUACUCCAUCGCUAGCCGACAGGUAAUGGAAGUGGCGGCUGUGGAACGAAUCUCUGGCAACAAAGUCCUCAACACUCUUGUCACGCACGAGAAGGGGAUCUCUCACAUUUCUUCGACUGGAGAAACCACCGGCAACGAAAUUCUUAUGAGUCGCAUUCACGCGGCAGGUGUCUACGCCCCAGGCCGAAUCAUUGAUCGGAUGAACGUGCACGAAUUUGCCAAAAGCAUCGUUGAGUCAGGUAUUACACCUGACACGAUCAUGCUCGUGUGGCACCUCUAUGACCGGGACCUAAAGGUCAUAAGGGAUUAUUUAGCAUCGGCCAAGAGGGGGUAUGAGAAAUAUCUGCCACCUCAAAGCAACUGCAUUCCCUUGAUUCAGUUCUUUCGCCCAAUGCUUCGUGAAUACCCGGUUCCCCCGCGCGGCAAAAAGAGAUUCCCAUUAAAACUGGAAAUCCUUUUCCCAUUAAUGUUUCCAAGAAGUGGGCUGGUAGGACGAAACCACCAAGCGCUCGUUGAUUCACAGCAGACACGCUUGGUUAUGGUUGGCUUUGACUGGCUUUGUAAGUCAGUCAAACAGCGAGGCACUACUUGGCGAUCUGAGAACUUCGACAUGCCGAGUCAUCGGUCUAUUGAAGAAUUCUUUGUUCCGGAUGCCCAAAUUCAAGGCACCGCUGAAUCUACUGGGAAGCCUCAGAUUAGAGAAUCGUCGAAAGACUCAAGAUCUUCGCCAAAGGCUGACCUAUCCCCUACCCCGCCGGCUGGCAAUGGCAAUGGCAAGAGAAAGCCCAGUAUGAAUGCCAGUUUAGAAGACUACUUUUCUCGUCGUCCUAAGCAGAUCAAGCCGUCGAACGAACAGUGA